AUGUCUGUCCAAGGCCAGGCAAAGAGCAAAGGGCUCAUUCCCAGAACGUCAUAUGCAAAACCUGUAAAUAGGGGUGGAUUUUUUUUUUUCUCUUGGCAUGCUUGUCUGCAUGGUAAAAAUCCAGCAGAUUUCUCUUCCACUUCUUCUCUUCUACUUUCCGUUGCGCUGGCUGUCAGGGAAGCCAGUAGCACAAUAAGAGUUUCAUUGUGUACUAUUCAGCUAAUGGUGUUGAAUACGUGGAACAUAAUUGCCUCAGAUUUGACCCUCAUAUUGAAAUCGAGGACAAUUACUGUGGUGCAAAUUUAUUCCUGGCCAGUAAUUCAGUACAGUGCUCCUGGAGUCAAUAUCUUACCAGGCAGAGAUGGAAGAGAUGGUCCCAAAGGUGAAAAGGAAGAACCAGGAGAUGGAUUAAGAGGUUUACAGGGUUUCCCUGGAACAGUGGGACCUCUAGGAAUAAAAGGAGAUUUUGGACCAAAAGGAGAAAAAGGAGAACGUGGAAUUGUAGCAACUGAUAACCUGCAGAGACAAGCAACUGCUUUGGAAGAAAAAGUACAAUUUUUGGAGACUGAACUGAAUAGAUACAAAAAAGCUUUCAUUUUAAAGAACAUCAACAGUAUUGUCAAAAUAUUUGUCCCAAAUAUAAAAGAAGAUACUUUUGAUAAUGGAAAUUCCCUUUGUACAAAAGCUGGAAGUGCACUUGCCUCUCCUAGGAAUGAGGCUAAGAGUACAACUUUAAAAGACUUAAUAAGACCUUCAAAGCAGGCUUAUACGGGGAUAUCUGAUGAACAGACUGAAGGCAGGUUCAUGCAUCUGAAUGGAGGGGUUGUAACUCACACAAACUGGAAUGUUGGAGAACCAGAUAAUCUAAAAAAUGAAGACUGUCCAGUAACACAAGACUCUUGAAAAUGGAAUUACAUUAAUUGUUCAGAUUCACAUGCCUUAAUUAUUUGUGAAUUCUUGAGCUGA